AUGCUUAAGUAUUCCAAGAGAUCAACUCGCUAUGCGCGCAAAUGUAAUCAGAUUGAUUUCGCCCCUUGCGGGUCGGCCUGUUAUCCAUUAUCCGGAUCUUAUUUCCGAUCUAACCGUGUUCUCCGUGCUUUAGCGAGAUUUGGUUUCUCAUUCAGCCGGGACUUCCAUAAAGAUCUUUAA